UGAGUGUUGAUGACAUCGUUUAUUGAAGAUGGAUUCUCCGCAGAUGUAUGACAACAACACCCAACAACAUGCGGGUCAUGGCAACCAAGGCAUGGGGGGUGCCGGACCCGAGAUGAAAAAAAUGUCGCCCAGCAACAACAAUAACAACCCCGCAGCUAUAAAUCAUAACAAUCCUCAACAACAAAAUCAACAACAACAGCAACAACAACAACAGCAACAGCAGCAAAAUCAACAUCAAGUCAUGCACGGAAAAAAUUUGGCACCCGUGCUUGCAGUGAAAAACCACUUGAUACAAUCUUAUGGCCAACCGCAAGAAUUGGAAGAUCUCAACCCGCAGGAGAUCACAUUGGAUCUUCAGCAUUUGAUAGAUGACCAAUUCAAGGAUCCUGCCGAGUUGGCGUUGUUCCAAGACAUGAUGCCUCCGGGUGCUGUCGCAUCUGCCAGCAAACAGUUGCAACAUUUACAACCACCCCGCGCUCAUCCGACGUCGCAGGGAGCGGCUUACCCGCGUACAACACUUGCCUACAUGCCGCAAUCCGUACAUGCCGGAGCCGCCUAUGGACACGCGCAGAACUCAAAUUCGAGUGACGAAAACAGUUCGGCAAGCGACAUAGCCAAUAUCAAAGAAGAACCUGUUGAUCCUCAGGACUUCAGAAGGCAAUGCCAACAGAAUGGAACGGCUACUUAUCCUACAGUCGCCCCUUACGGAAUGGGCUCAGCCGGUGGUUAUUUAAGCAACGGUAGUGGUGCUUCAUUCACAGCUUUAGCUCCAGCGGGUUUACACCAUCAGGCUUUACAUCAUCUAGGACCAGCUCCCCAUAUACCUCUGAAACAUCACAGGCCAGGUGGUAUACCGCAUAACGUACGCAAACACUCAGGAAAAAGUGUUGAUAAGGGAACAGAUGAAUACAGGAGGCGAAGGGAAAGGAAUAACAUUGCUGUCAGGAAAAGCCGAGAAAAGGCAAAAGUGAGGUCCAAGGAAGUAGAAGAAAAAGUGAAAACUUUAAUGAGGGACAAAGACGCACUGAUGAAGCGCCUGGAAGUUGUCAGCAAUGAAUUACAGAUUCAUAAACAAUUAUACGUUCAUCUUAUGAGCCUAAAUCACCCAGAAAUAAAUGAAAUCUACCGCAGCAUGUUGAAUUUGUCAAAUUUACCAGACCAUGGCAUGUAGCGUAUGUGAGAACCGCGAGUUAUUUACGCGAAACCCGAUCUCUUAUUUAUUUUAUCCUUUUACUGUUUUUCCCUGAUGACAAUAAAGACACAGUACUUUUAAUUGAAAAAGUAAUGAAACUCUAAACCAAAUAUUUAAAUAAAGACGGACGAUAGGUUAAAAAUGUCUUUGUAGUGACAUUACGGUAUGUGGUGAUUUCUGUAAAUAAAGUGUAUGAACGGUUUUGAAAUGAUGUUAAACGUCAAAAAUGUGGGUGAUUUUUUAUUCGUAAAAAGAAACAGAGAUAAUAUAUUUACUUAGGUUGUAAAAUGCUACAAUACCUUUUUAGUAUAAUAACAAAAGUCCACGUUGUGGAUUAAAAGAGUGCAAUCAUAUAUGAAU